AGAGUAAGUCGCUGACGCCUUGGAAGAAUGAAAUUGUGAUAGACCAAGAGGUGUACCCCGGUGAGUCGAUAAAUCGAUAUAGAAGGUUUCCUGGUCGCGUUCUCAGGUAAAACGGGGGCCUCCUUAUACGAGUGAACGUCAUCUGAACGAGGCCGAGAUAAAUUUAAAACCGGAAUUCAUAAAAUUCUGUCAAAUCUACAAACCCCACCACAGGUACCUACCAUAAGGGGUGGAUAAGGAUGUGACGCAAAUUAGGAUUAGCCAAAAAUUGCACUUGCUACCAACAACAAUUUUUUCAACCGAAUUAUCAAUGUAUUUGAGGGUUGGCGGAUUUUAAAGUGGCCCUUUCUUCCGUAAAGUGCAUUGGUGUUUCAUUCAUUGAGGAAAGUGAAAUAAUAAUAUCAGAGGCCACCAAGAAUACAUCUGCCGUUUUUAGAAUUGUGUAAGUUCACAGUGAUUGGAGGCAAAGCGAGCGACGGUUCAGCGAGCGCGAUAACGCUUAAACAGAAAGUAUUCAAAAAUGGAAUCUAAUAAUACUGGCAGAGAAUGUUUAUGGAUUAGAAUGAUCAAACGCCAAAGAAACCAUGAAUGCUGGGAGAAGUAAGAAAUGAAACCACAGUCACCUUCAUCUUUUGUUUUCAUUGUUGUCUGGAUAUUUAUUUCCACACUUGAGUUGACAAAAUUCACAGAUGGCAGCUUUGUUCUUCACGUGCCUGUGGUAUAUGUGGCAUUCUCCGGUGACCUAAUCCUCAACUACACCAUUCCGUCAAAUGUCUCACUUCCAAAUGCCUUCCUUAGGAUUUUGGCAACCAUUGACAAUCACAACCAAAGGGAGAUCACCACAUUAGGCCUACCGUUUGGUGAAUCGUCUGGCAGCGUUAGUGUUCGAUGUGGAAUUCUCGAGAUCGCAGCAGUUCAUGUUGUACAACUUCAUUCUUACGCCGGUGGACCUAUUUUAACGAGUUCGUCUUUUCAAGUAGAUUGGCCUUCAUUCACAUUGAAAUUACCGCCAGACCACAUUGCGCAGACGCAGGCUGUGACGCUGACAUUCCUGUCGUCUGCAAAAUGCAAUCCUCUGUUAAAACGUUAUUCAUUUCAUAUUGAACUAGUCAAAGACCAAAAUGACAGCAUUAACAUUGCUCAAUCUACUGUGUAUCAUGUGACCACUAUAUCCGACAUUGUCUCUCCUCGUCAAGAUAUCCGUUACCCUUGCAAUAUUUUUGAUACCGCUGGAAAUUACAAGGCAAUACUCAGAAACAGUGUGAAUGCAUCUAGUAUAGUUUCACAAAGUGACGUCAUGACAGUCACUUGGAGUAAUGCAUACAGCGUAGAAAUCUAUUCAUCUUCCAUAUUUCCUUGUAUAGGGCAUAUAACAUUAGUGUACUCAUACCCGGAAUGCAUUGGCAAGAACGAUAAAAUUCGUUUGUACAAAUUAACGAGAAAAAGUGGUUCGAUUGCAGCACCCUACCAACGAAAUUAUAUUCAAGAGAAGAAUGUUGACCCCGAUAGAAAUAACAUUUUCUUUGACUGCUCUCUAUUCCAGAGUCAAGCCUCUGCUUACUUAUUUGAGUAUGUCAGCUUUUCGUCGACUGGCUUGAUAAAGAAACAGAAAGAGCUGUACAUAUCAACACACCCUGACUCAGAUAUACCAAUAGACGGAGGAUGGGGGCGUUGGUCGCCUUGGGGGUCGUGCAGCGUGACCUGUGGGACGGGGAAGGUCAGUCGCUCAAGGCUCUGCAACAACCCGACCCCUUUACAUGGGGGACGAUUCUGUGAAGGGGAGCCAAUAGAAUGGAAGCCCUGCUUUAACAGUUGUCCAGAACUGAUUCCGAAAACGCCUCUUCAUACCCUUUCCCUCAACAAAUCAUGCAUCUGCGGUUGUGAGAUCAAAUCAAAUCAAGGGGAGAUAAUCGCUACAGGGCGUUGUACGGGUCUCUCUCUGUGGCUUAUAUCUGCUACCAGCAAUCACCAAAUCACUCUGUCUUUCACGUACUUCAAUUUGUUCAAGCAAAAACAGUGGGUGAAAAUUCGCAACGGUGGAACGUCUAGUGCUGACCUUAUAGCCAAAAGUGGCGGCGAACUAGAUCUGAAGAAGGUUGUUUCAACCACUGGAACAAUGCUGAUAGAGUUUAUGACGCUGGUUGAGUCGUCUGCCAAUCUCUCUUACGUCAAUUCAUCGUCUGCUUCUUCCUCGGUUCUGACAUACCCUUCAGAAUUAAUUCAUGUUCAUGGAUUUAUAGCAUCUUACUACAUACAAGUGAAAAAUGAAUCAAGAUUCGUUGCAGCUGUGACCGUUACGGAACCCCCGUCAAAGGCAGGAAUCUGGCAGAGCACGGUGACUAUAGUGGGAAUAUCCCUCUGUGCCGUUAUCAUCGUGGUGGUUGUGAUCAUUGCAAUAUAUCAUAAAGUGUUUCGCAAAAAGACGCACAAGUAUUCUAUGACUAAACAAGAGGAAACCCCUGAACAUCUACCGAAAAGCACGAGCAUGCAUAGUACUCCAAGUCGCCAUAGCGCUUUAAGUCAGGGGAUAGAAAUAGACAUCGACAUGGAGAAACCGCUCACGGGAAAGAGUGCUCGAAAGAAGUAUAGGAAAGAUAGUGAAACUCACAUGUCACGUGGUUCGUCUAUUUCUAGUAACAGAAGCGGUCGUAGUAAAAACAAAAUAAAAAUCAAGGCUGACGUGGAGCCAGGAGGGAGUCCGAAACCCCCCUCCAGGCACUAUACACCUUUACCUAGUCCAUUAGUUCAUAAUGAUCUCAUUCAGGAAGAAGACAGUAAAACUUCUUUAUUUAAUGCAAGUCCGUUAUUAAAUAGGAAAAAUCGUUCACCAAAGAUUCAUCCCUCUCCAAGGUUUAAAAGACAAUCCAAUGGAGGAUCUCCUGUUAAAAGUAAACACGAACUUCUCAUACGUAAGAGAAAGGAUCGGCAAGUUAAGGAUAAAGGCGAGAAGAAGAAAGGUACUCCAGAGACUUUUGAAAAUAGGGCCAAAGAGAAAGUGAAACCACUGGCGACCCCGGACUCAGCCGGAUCCCUCACGCCUACACCCACCGUUCUAAAUGCAAUACCCUCCGUGGAAGGGCAAAAGGGUGUCGAAAAAGACUCAAAAGAAGAAGCGGCCGAGGGAAUAGAUUCAAAAGACGCCAUUGAGCUGAAAGACAUGUCAAAGGAGGACUUGGAGGCAAGAAAGCCCGGAUCUGGAACCUCGGACGAUUCUUGCACUCCCGAAAAAGGUGAAGUUUUCUUGCAACAAACGACUUCUUUUGUGCAAUCGCCCAGCAUAGAACUAAUCAAACUUCGCAGGCCCACAUCUCUGACUGAAAGUUAUAAAAAAUCUGUUUCGCUGCCGUCCAUUGAUAGAGUUAUGAAUAGUACGGAGAACAUUGUGAACGUGGAUCGACAGAAAGCUUUGCCAAAGCCAGACGGACAGAGCCCCAAAAGUCCGAGGCAGGAAAACUCCAAAACUUCUUCACCGAAAAGUGUUCAGGGCUCCAGUGUCAAUAGUUCUAGGAGUAAACUCACUAUGUCCCCUGCACGGAGUGCAACCUCCCCUUCUGAAAACUUAGAAAUGGAAUAUGAUGAUUACAUUGAAUACGAUGACACUUUCUCUUACUUUGAUCCAUUAGAAACGGAAAAGUUACAAUGGAAAGGUUCGGAGAAAAUUGGAAAACCGAAUCCUUUAUCUAAGGAUGACCCUAAAACCAAAAGUGGUGAUUUAUGAUUUUUUUAAAAAGUACUUAUGGAUUGUUGUGUUCUUUUGGCAUUUCAUGUGUUUUUAAAAAUGAACAUUACUGUAGCGUAAAUGGAUAAUUUACAUAUAAGUGUAUAUUUGUGCUUAUGAAAGGAAUUGUUUGCUGCUUGUGUCAUACAUGAAAAAUAUUUAUUUAGAAAUAGUUUUAAGUUGUUAACAUUCUGUAAAUUUUUAUCAUGAGAUUCAUAAAAAUUUAUACAAAAAGCCUAAUAAAGCGUUUUAUUAUUUGCUCAUCUUAGCGGAAGGAUGAGAUUUCUUAUUAAAAUUAUGUCCAGUUUCUGUCGCCAUAAUCCGCGGUGUUAUCGUUUUACAUCUUACAUCCUCAUCUUCUCACGAACCACCAAGUCAAUUUCAAUCCAACAUAAAACAAGGCAUCAUAGCGGACUUUAAAAUUUGUUUAUAUAAAUGACCAGACGCAGAGACGUUCUUUCAAUUGAGAGAUACAUGUAAUUUAAAGAAAUGUAAAUUGAUUGUAAGUUUUUAUAAAUGUUUUUUUCCUGAAGAACAAAACAACCGGUAAUACUAGUAUUAAUACAUGUGCAUACAUGCAAGUUAAAUUUCUCGUGUAUUUUAGAUUCAAUGCGUUAAAACUUUCUGGAAAAGGUCCUUAUAUGAGGAUAAAGAACACCUGAAAAAAU